AUGGGAAGAGGAGUACACGGUGCGAGUCCAGCUUCAGGACCGGGUGACUGAGCUGCAGGAGGAAGCCCAGGAGGCUGAAGCCUGCCAGGAGGAGCUGGCCAUGAAGGUGGAGCAGCUCAAGGCAGAGCUUGUUGUCUUCAAGGGACUGAUGAGCAAUAAUAUCACAGAGCUAGACACCAAGAUCCAGGAGAAGGCCAUGAAGGUGGACAUGGACAUCUGCCGGCGCAUUGACAUCACUGCCAAGCUGUGCGAUGUGGCGCAGCAGCGAAACUGCGAGGACAUGAUCAAGAUGUUUCAGAAGCAACUGGUCCCAGCCUCGGUGGGGCGGAAGCGGGAGCGCAAGCAGGUCAGCGAUGAAGACACCUCACUGUCGGAGAGCGAUGCCUCCCGAAAACCUGAAGAGGAAGAGGAGGAUGAGACCACGGCCAUGAGUAUCAAUGAGGAAAUGCAGAGGAUGCUGAACCAGCUGAGGGAAUAUGACUUUGAGGAUGACUGUGACAGCCUCACGUGGGAGGAGACAGAAGAAACGCUUCUCCUCUGGGAGGACUUCUCCGGAUACGCCAUUGCAGCCGCAGAGGUGCAGGGGGAGCAGGACGACAGCCUGGAGAAGGUGAUCAAGGACACAGAGUCACUGUUCAAGAGCCGUGAGAAGGAGUACCAGGAAACCAUUGACCAAAUAGAGCUGGAGCUGGCCACAGCCAAGAACGACAUGAACCGCCACCUGCACGAGUACAUGGAGAUGUGCAGCAUGAAGCGAGGCUUGGACGUGCAGAUGGAGACUUGCCGGCGGCUCAUCACCCAGUCUGGGGACAGAAAGUCUCCUGCCUUCACUCCAGCCUCCAACAGCGAGUCAGCCCCGAACGAGGAGAGCGAGGAGUCCGACCGUGACCCUCCCAGUGAUGCUUCCAUCAGAUAAUGAGGGGAUGCCCCGCUCUGUUGGACACCCUUCCUGGUACAGGGGUGCCUGAGCCACGCCUGAGAGAGACUUUCAGGGCCGUGGAGCUGCUGGUAAACGUCUGCUGCCCAGGCUCACUCCCAUUUUGGGGAGCUUGGCAGAUCCUGCACCCCCCUGCCACCAGAUAUCUCGCAAAUGGGAAUAGCUAGAUAGACCUGAGGGCCCUUGUUCGGGCUGCUCAGCCUCCAGCCCCUUCUCUAUUCCCUUUCCCUGCUUUGGUUAAACCACAGUUUGGGCAGGGAGGCUCCAAACCUGUCACGGUGGCAUUUGCCAGGACCCAGGUUCCCCUAGACCCAUCUCUUCCGUCCUGGUACGCUUUGUCCUGCUCCCUGCCCUCCCUGUGCCACAUGGAGCUGAACGAGAGCCGGAUCUUCCUGCAAACUGGACCUGACACUGGUGCCAACUGGACCGAGCCUGGGAUGCUCUCUGUCCUUGCUGCUGGCAGGUGCCUGGCUGGUCCCCGGGCCAAGCCAGGCACCCCAAUCCCCCCCUGCCUCCUCCAGGGCAGGGGCUGAGUCCCACUCACGGUGCACUUUGCUUUGCCGCACGUUGGCGGUGCACUCACGUCUGUGUUACAGGGACAAGGGGUCAUUAAAUGGGACAGUUUCCUUUUCUA